AAAAAGUUGUCGAACACCACCGGCAGUGCGACAACCACCAACACGACAGUGACAACACUACAUCCACGCCUCAGCGCCCGCACAACACGUUAAUUGCUGUCGCAAACUACCGAUAAACUGUACAACCUCGAACACCACCCGUCAUCCCUCCAGCCUCAUGGCCGUCCCCUCCCUCGCCCUCCCCGGCCAACUCCUCGGCAGCGCAGACAAAUACUUCCCGGGGCCAGGCACACACAUUCAUGAAUCGCAAAUCUACGCCUCCAUCGGCGGCCCCGUCGUGACCUCCACCCCAAAGCCCACAUCGCCCACAUCUCCCGCGCCCUCCCUCCUCUCCAUCCAGCGCCCGCCCACCGCCGACCCGGGCAUCCUAGGCCCCAGCUCCGGCAGCGGCGCGCCCCUCCUACCCGCCGUAUCCAGCACCGUACUCGCGCUCAUCACGCGCCUAACCCCCCGCGCCGCAGCCUGCGAGAUCCUCGUCGUCGACGACGUGGUCUGCCGCGAGUCGUUCGCAGGCCAGAUCCGGCGCGAGGACAUCCGGGCCACGGAGAAGGAUAAAAUACGCAUGGAAGACUCGUUUCGGGUGGGCGAUCUGGUGCGCGGAACCGUGGUCAGUUUGGGCGAUCAGAGUAAUUACUAUGUUAGCACGAGUGAGAAUAAGUUUGGGGUUGUUAUGGCGAGGAGUGCAGAGGGGAGGCUGAUGUUUCCGGUUAGUUGGAGGGAGUUUAGGGAUCCGGUGUCUGGGGUUGGGGAGGCGCGGAAGGCUGCUAAGCCGUUUUGAGGGGGCAAGCAGAGUGCA